AUGGGGGGCAUGUUACUCUGUAUGCUCCCCCACAUGUUGCCUCAGGAAGAUGUGGCGCCAGUUACCGGGAGAGGCAGGUCCGUCUUGGGGGCUCAGCCAGGAUAUGGAGGUCAGGGAGGGUCAGGUUUCCUCUACGCUCAGAACAGUACCAAACGCAGCAUUAAAGAGCGGCUUAUGAAGCUCUUGCCCUGCUCGGCUGCCAAAACGACAUCUCCUGAUAUUCAAAACAGUGUAGAAGAUGAAAUGGAAAUAGCCACCGUGCGGCAUCGGCCUGAGGCUCUUGAACUGCUGGAAGCACAGAGCAAAUUCACAAAGAAGGAACUUCAGAUUCUGUAUAGAGGAUUCAAGAAUGAGUGUCCCAGUGGGAUUGUUAAUGAAGAGACCUUCAAAGAGAUUUAUUCUCAGUUCUUUCCACAGGGAGAUUCUACAACCUAUGCACAUUUUCUCUUUAAUGCAUUUGACACUGAUCACAAUGGAUCUGUGAGUUUUGAGGAUUUCAUUAUGGGUCUCUCAAUUUUACUCCGAGGGACAGUACAAGAAAAACUCAACUGGGCUUUUAAUUUGUAUGAUAUAAAUAAGGAUGGAUACAUAACUAAAGAGGAAAUGCUUGAUAUUAUGAAAGCUAUAUAUGAUAUGAUGGGAAAAUGCACUUAUCCUGUUCUCAAAGAGGACGCCCCUAGACAACAUGUGGAAACAUUUUUCCAGAAAAUGGACAAGAAUAAAGAUGGGGUAGUUACCAUAGAUGAAUUCAUUGAAAGCUGCCAAAAAGAUGAAAACAUAAUGCGUUCCAUGCAGCUCUUUGAAAAUGUGAUUUAACAAUGUGGUUUACUCUGCAAUUAAUGGACAAAUGUGAAC